UCCUCUGAACUAUUGUUAACCUGAAAGUAAGUCAAUGUUCCAUAAUGUCUUUUUUCAGAUACCUCAGAAUGAAGACGAAUGGAAAAUUGUAACGAAAGAUUACAACGAGAAAUGGAAUUUUCCAAAUUGCGUGGGAGCAAUGGACGAGAAGCACGUGUCUAUACAAGCACCACUAAAUAGUGGCACAGAGUUUUUCAAUUACAAAGGAUUUUUCAGCAUUGUACUGUCUGCUGUAGUUGAUGCAAAUUACAAUUUUAUUUAUUGCAACGUGGGAUGCCAAGGGCGAAUUUCUGAUGGAGGAGUAUUUCAAAACUCCAAAUUUAAUGAAUUGCUGACGAAUAUAAAAAUGAAACUUCCUGGUGACUGUGCUCUCCCGGGAAGGACACGUGAAAGUCCAUUUGUGUUCCUAGGGGAUGAUGCUUUUCCACUGACACGAAAUAUCAUGAAACCAUAUCCGGGGGUUCAUGCAAAAUUAUCCAAAAACAGAAUUUUUAAUUAUCGAUUGAGCAGAGCACGAAGAAUUUCUGAGAACGUUUUUGGCAUAAUAUCCUCCGUAUUUAGAGUAUUCAGAAAGCCAUUGUUAUUAGAGCCAGAUACAGCAACCAAAGUAGUACUAGCUGCUGUAUAUUUACAUAAUUUUUUAAGACGAAGUUCAUCAAAGAAUAUUUAUAAUCCCCCAGGAACAUUCGACAGUGAGUGUUCGAACGACGGACAUUUUAUUCCUGCUGCUUGGAGGGCAGAGUUAACAGAAACGGCUUUGUCAAGUUUUCCGACCGUAGCACGUAGAAGUUCAACAGAUGCACAAGAAGUAAGGGAGGAGUUCAAGGAAUACUUUUCGACAAUAGAAGGAGCCGUACCUUGGCAAUAUGAAAAAUGCUAAUCGUGUUUUACUUCUCUGGUUUAUUUUGUAAUAAUAAAAAAAUAGUAUUUUAUUGUAAACCGUGUGUAUAAUUACUUACCCUAUCUUCUGUAUUAACAGUUUUCCGUGGUCGAUUUUUGUCUUUCAAAAACUGCAUAUUUUUGAAGGCAAACCACUUCGACUUGUACACUUCAUCGGUGCCAGCACCAGACUUCAAACUUUUUUCUUCUUUUUUCACUUCUCUUGAAAAAUGGCUUAAUAGAUUUUUAAUUUUCCUAUCUAUUUCCUCUUUCGAUUCUCCGAAACACACCGCUAUUUCUGUUAAUGCAUCGUGCCUUUUAUUUCUGUCUUUAUAAGUUUUAUCGCGACAGUCCCAUAAGUUGGAACGAUUCCGAUACAUUUCUAUCAUCUGUAAAACUUUUUCUUGUGUCCAUUCCGUCAUUUUUCCGAAUUAGAAAAUAUGAAAACUUUUACAAGCUAACUGUCACGCGUCUAGAUUCGAAGACCGACUCUUGGCUUCGGCACGAUUUGCCGUUCGGCCAUGCGGUCCAAGCCGAAACGCAUGUCCAUACUUGCUCGGCAAUGCCGAGCGGCUUUGCCAAUCGGCAAAUGUCGACCCAGUGGGGACGCGGCUUAACGCUUGCGCGAUUCGUACUAUGACAUGAUAGUGAGGCCGGCCCUACGGGCCCCUAUACUAUGUGACGUAUCGAUGGCCUAAUCGAUCGGUUACAA